GGCGGGGCUUCCAGACUUAAGAACAUAUAAGGGGGUCGGAGUCGGAGCGCGGGCUAUCACUCGCUCUCCUGCCGUCAGCUGAGGAAAGGGGUUUAUUCACAGGCACACACCAUGAGGAUACUUGCAGUAGCUGUAAUCUGCGCCGCGGCUGGAGCCGGUCUGGCGCAGGAGCAACAGCCCGACCCCUGUGACAGGAAGUCGCGCGUCGUUGGAGACAUCACCUACUGCGACCGUUACUGGGAGUGUGUGGCCGGGCAGCCCCAGCUGUAUGACUGCCCCAACGGCCUGGUCUUUGUUGGCAGAAACAGAGGCAUCGCUGAAGGAUGCGACUAUCCUUGGAGAGGGGCGUAUUGCGACACAAAGCAGCUAGCUAAUCCAGCAAUUUCGACCGAACACUGUGACUGGCUGUACGGUAUUUUCGGUCACGAAACUUCCUGCACUCGGUACUGGACAUGCUGGAACGGUACUGCUACUGAGCAGUUCUGUAUUGGAGGACUUCUCUACAACGAAGAAACUCACGCCUGUGACUGGCCACAGAACGUUGGUGGUUGCCAGAAACAUCCUCUUUGCAAGGACGACCCUAACGCCAACGUACCUCUAGGCAAAUCUUGUGAAAGGUACUGGGCAUGCCAGGGAGGCUACCCACGUCUCCAGCGAUGCCCAGCCACACUCGUGUUCGACAAGCAGUCUCGCCGUUGCGUGAAUCCCCCCACGGUCGACUGCGACGUCCCAUCAACCACUCCACCACCUGAGGAUGAGCAGCAACAGCAGGGAGUCAACCCCUCCCAACCUCGUCCUCAGCGCCGCCGCCCCUCACUCCAGGCAUCCCCCGUUCGCGAGUCCUUCGUUCCUGAAAACGCCAUUCCCCUCGCCCCACAGGGUCUAAGACCGAUUCCUCAGGAACCCGCUUUCCCAGCCCCUGACUCUAGGCCUCUGCCCACCGGAGGAAACUUCCGACCGGCCCCUAUUCCAGGAGCCAUCCCACUGCAGUAGAACAACAAGUCCCGUGGCAGUCUGAGGACGACCUCCCGCUCACGGUGGUAAAAGCAGGGCCAAGAGGUCCUUUCCUCACUCCAAUGCAGCAGAGGAGGGAAGUUCUAUCUGACUGCCAAACACUAUAUAUGACCUGAGUACAUUGUUCUCCCUUCGUCUCCUACCCUGCCUCUCCAUUCUUUCCUUUCCUGAGAUCAUCUUCCUUUCUUGCCUCCUGGAAGCGUCUCCUCUCAUGCCGUGCGGGUACAAAACUUCCUUCACCCAAAGAUUGUCGUCUGACCUUCAUGGUUUGAUAUCCUUUUUGAGGUGGCAACGUUUGUGAUGGCCAGAGCCCACGGCCCACUGUACAUAGUUCUCCACACACAAGUAUUUCGUCCAGUACACCUACACUUUUAUUAUUAUUAGUAUUAGUUGUUAUUUUUCUGUUUGUAAAUAAAUUAUGUUAAACCUUACAAA